AAAGUGACGUUUAGCAAUUACUCAAGCACAAAUUUGAGAGGAAGAGUGACAACAUUGACAGGAUGGAGGUCACCUCGCUCUGCCUCGUGCUCUCCACGCUGACCAUCACGCCUGACAGAAGUCAGUUCUUCCGUUAUGAGCGCAUCACUCUGAUGUGUUCGUCCAACUCCAGCGGCUGGAGGGUGAGGAGGAACACCUCGUCCGCCGUGUCCGAGGUGUGCACGUACGGCUGGGGCAUCCCGGGCGACUCGUCCUGCGAGAUCGAGGCGGCGUACCCAUCGGACAGCGGCGUGUACUGGUGCGAGUCUGAGCAGGGCAACCGCAGCAACACCGUCAGCAUCCACGUCCCCAAGGGAGUUGUGAUCCUGGAGAGCCCUCCACUUCCUGUGAUGGAGGGAGACAAAGUGACUCUUCUCUGCUCCUACAAGGAGGACAACCAGGAUAAACCCACCUCAGAUUUCACCGCCGCGUUCUUCAGAAAUAACAAAUUCAUCGACAGCAAGCCCGCAGGGACGUUGACCUUCCAGUCGGUGUCCAAGUCAGAGGAAGGCUUCUACAUGUGCGAACAUCCAACCAAAGGGAAGUCGGCACCGAGCUGGCUGGCAGUCACAGCCACGCUGACCAUCACGCCUGACAGAAGUCAGUUCUUCCGUUACGAGCGCAUCACUCUGAGGUGUUCGUCCAACUCCAGCGGCUGGAGGGUGAGGAGGAACACCUCGUCCGCCGUGUCCGAGGUGUGCACGUACGGCUGGGGCAUCCCGGGCGACUCGUCCUGCGAGAUCGAGGCGGCGUACCCAUCGGACAGCGGCGUGUACUGGUGCGAGUCUGAGCAGGGCAACCGCAGCAACACCGUCAGCAUCCACGUCCCCAAGGGAGUUGUGAUCCUGGAGAGCCCUCCACUUCCUGUGAUGGAGGGAGACAAAGUGACUCUUCUCUGCUCCUACAAGGAGGACAACCAGGAUAAACCCACCUCAGAUUUCACCGCCGCGUUCUUCAGAAAUGACAUAUUCAUCGACAGCAAGCCCGCAGGGACGUUGACCUUCCAGUCGGUGUCCAAGUCAGAGGAAGGCUUCUACAUGUGUGAACAUCCAACCAAAGGGAAGUCGGCACCGAGCUGGCUGGCAGUCACAGAGCUCCCUGAGCAGCCGGAGCCUGACUCCAUCAUCCCGCUGCCUCGGCUGCUCUGCAGCAUCCUGCUGUUGGUUCUCUACACCGGUGUCUUCAUCCUCUGUGUUCUCACCUACAGACGGUGGGCUCGAGAAUCUCGAGGUGGAUGCUAAAGAGCAGCUGAUCAUCUUUAAUCUGUAAUCAAGAAGAAGAAAUGAACUGUUUAUAUGCUGGACAUAUAAUAUAAAUAUUCUCUAUUUGUUACUCAUCUUAUAUUUGUGUAUCAGUGGCUUGGAUGUUUCACCCUUUUGUUGCUUUUACACAUGAAUUUGCAAAAAAAAACCUCAUUAAUAUCAAAGGGAAACAGAUUUUUACAAAAUAAUAUCAAUUAAUAAAAAUAUAUAAGGUAAAAUAAAUGAUUGCAUAAGUAUUCAUCCCCUUUAACCCUUUAUAGGACUCCUGGAAGUUGAAAAUGUCAACCCUGAAGUGUUAUUGGAGGAUAUUACAAGACUUUUUGCAAAAUGUUUCAUUUCUAUAUUGCAAAUCGAGGCCAAUUGAGUCAUUAUUAUUAUUAUAUUUAUUAAAGUCUCUUUCCCACAGCAACUAAAUAGACAAUAACACAUCAUCUGCAUACAUCACCACUUUAUCUUUUACCUUUAAACUGUUUAUUAUCUUUUUAGACUACUUAUUACAUAUGCAUAAUGUCUAAAUGUCUUUUUUAAAGCACCUUAUAUAUGAGAAGCACACAGAAAUUUAGUUGUAUACUGUUCUAAUACAGUGACAAUAAAGAGAAGCUUGAAUCUUGUGUGAUUUACUGAUUGGUCAGAGCAAAAAAUAAAUUUAAAAAAAGUGCUGUUCUGUGAGAACCACUGGAGAG